AGAGCGAGGAAGAGCGCGAGCUGCAUCUCUCUGCUGCGGGGACUUCGCCGCUGCCUGUGAAGCGUGUGUGUGUGCGCGCGUGCGUGCGUAAAACACGCAGCCUCUGCGCGACAUUUCUGACCCCCCGCGCGACUCGUCCACAGCUGCGAUCAUCAGACAGAGAGAGAGGCACCUGCGCGUGGCGGCGCGUGGCUGCGCACAGUUUCUGCAGCAACUCAUGGAUUAAAGUGCGAGAUCAGGAGAACCCACGCACGCACGCACGCGACACAGAGAGAGAGAGAGCGAGAGCGAGAGAGAAGCGCGCACUCGAGCAGUGAAACAAGGGUUGUUUUCAGUCUGUGGGACACGCGCAGAUCCACAGCGCUGCUGGUGAGACAGCAGAGGAGGAGGAGGAGGAGGAGGAGGAUGAAGACUCUCCUCGCUCUCACACAAACUUCUGUUCGUGCUCCGGAGGAGCCGCUGGUGGCCGCGUCCCAAUCUGAUGGAAGUUUGUCUUAAAGACACAUUUGUGUCCUCGAGCACUGAGAGAGACAUCCGCUCAUGGACCUGAGACCAGCAGAGACACACGGACACGGACAGUCAUGAUCUGGGUCGCGGUUUUCCCCGUUUUGGUUUCGUGCGCACUCGGGAAUGAGACCGCGGACCAGGUUCCGUUCUUCCACGGACAUGUGUUCGAGAACGCGCCCCCGGGAUCCCGAGUGAACGGACUGAGCGUCCCGGUAAAACGCUUCAACUCGCAGAGACUGUGCGGCGCUGACGGAUGCGGCACCGCGACACGAGCGGCACAAGCGGCACCGCACUUUAAACUCCUCGGUGACGGCAGCGGGAAUUUCCGAGUGUUUGCGCAUCACAACCGGGGUCACGUUUUACUGAAAACAUGUGCAGUUCUGGACCGGGAGGAACGCGCCCAGUACGCGCUGGUUCUGGGUCUGUGUUGCGGACGGAGCGCGGCAGCAGCGGCGGCGGCGGCGGGACCUUCCCGGGAAGAGGACGAGGAGUGCGCGGUGGUUGCGGAAGUUGCGUCCAUCAGAGUGGACGUCCUGGACACCAACGACCACCAGCCCACCUUCCCCGGCGCGGACGUGAAGCUGAGCGUGGACGAUGCCACGGCGCUGCGCACCGCCGUCUACGCGGUCACCGCGCGCGACGACGACAGCGGCAAGAACGCGGAGCUCAUCUACUUCGUGGAGCCAAAAAACGGGACUUUCUACGCGGUCCCCAAAACCGGUGAGAUCCUGCUGGUGGACUCCAUCCUGGGGCUGGAGGAGCCGAUCCGGUUCCAGGUGUUUGCCCGGGACCGUGGGUGGCCGCCGCGCACGAGUCAGAGCGUGUCCGUGGAGAUUUAUCCCAGACAGAGACCGGUGGUGAUGGCACGGAAACCGAACCCGCAGCAGGUGAAAGCAGCGGUAGCGCGGAGGUCCAGGUCCGUGCUGGACUCGGACAGUACGGUUCUCAUUAACGUAUCGGAGGACGCGGGGAUCGGGUCUGUGGUGAUGAACCUGAACCCGGUGAGGUUUCAGUCCGCCGCCUUCGAGCUGGUGGAGCCUGACGCGGAGAGUUCACCGGUGAGCGUGAGCCGCGACAGCGGGGAUUUAGUCAUUUCACGGCGGCUGGACAGAGAGACGGAGCCGCUGCUGGAGCUCAGGGUCAAAGUUCAGGAUAAACGAGGUCCAGACUGGUACCUGGUGCGAGUGGACCUGACUGUGACGGACGUGAACGAUAAUGUUCCUGAGUGGACCAUGGUUCCUGCUCCUUACCUGGCCGUGGUCUCACCUGAAGCUGCUGCAGGCUCGCUGGUCUACAAGCUCAACGCUGAGGACGGGGACGAAGGCAACAACGGUGAAGUGGAGUACUUCCUGUCUGACGGUGGCGACGGUCGCUUCGAGGUGGACAGGAAGAGCGGACACGUGCGCACCACGGGCCUCCCUCUGCAGCGCGACAGAGAGUACCUGCUGACCGUGGUCGCCGCCGACCGCCUGGGCAGCCGCAGCGCCCCCGCGGUGGUCUCCGUGGUAGCUGGAGCUCGCCCGCCGCAGUUCACCAACGCCUCGUUCACCAUCGCCAUCCCAGAGAACACGCCGGAGGGACAGCCCUUCCUGGUCACACCUGCCGUGUCCUUCCAGAAGAGGCCAAUCAGCUACAGCCUCCUCAUUAAUCCCAGCAGCCUCUUCUCCAUCUCUGCGGAGACGGCCGAGAUCAGCCUGACCCGAGCCAUCGACUACGAGAGCGACCAGCAUCGCUAUCUGCUGCUGGUGCGAGCCAGCGAGGGCCAGGACAGCAUGAGCAGCGCGGCAGAGGUGCGAGUGGUUAUCGUGGACGAGAACGACUGUGUCCCGGAGUUCCUUCAGUCCAUCUACAGCAAAGACGGCGUUCCGGAAACGGUGACCACGGCCACGUCGCUGCUGCAAGUUUCUGCGAACGACUGCGACUCCGAGGAAAACGCUGAGUUGACGUAUUACACGCUGAGUCAGGAUUUCACCAUUUCACCUCACGGCACCAUCUUCCCUGCGAGACCCCUGGACUACGAGAGACCGAACCAUCUGUACGAGUUUGUCGUGAUGGCCGUCGAUAAGGGGGAGGAGCCUCGCACGGGUACGACCACGGUUCGCGUACGCAUGGCUAACGUCAACGACGAGGCGCCGGAGUUCUCGCAGCACAUAUAUCGCACAUUCGUCUCGGAGGACGCCGGCCCCAACACGCUCGUUGCCACGGUGUUGGCGAAGGAUCCUGACGGAGACGGAAUCACGUACAGGAUCGCCUCAGGAAACCAGGAGGGCAACUUUGUUAUCGACAGCCAAAAAGGUCUGAUCCGCCUGCGCUCGGCUCCGCCCCCUCGCCUCCAGGGCGUGGAGUACGUCCUGAACGUGACGGCGACAGACGACAACGCGUCCGCUGGACCUCAGCCUCUGUCGUCCACCGCCCAGGUCGUCGUGGGAGUGGACGACGUCAACAACAACAAGCCCGUCUUUGAGAAGUGUCAGCAGUAUCGAGAGAGCACGUCGGUGCUGGAGAACCAGCCGUCGGGAACCUUUGUUCUGCAGGUUCACGCCGUGGACGCAGACGAGGGAUCCAACGGCAGAGUGACGUACGGAUUCAUGCACAAAGACUCCACUGUGCCCGCGUUCAGUAUUCACCCUGACACAGGAAUCAUCGUGACGGCGCGGAAAUUCGACCGCGAGCGCCAGCGUGAGUACGCGGUGACGGUGACCGCCACUGACCAGGCGGCCGACCCUCUGAUCGGCAUCUGUCAGCUCAACAUCCUCAUCCUGGACCAGAACGACAACAGCCCCAAGUUUGAGAACCUCCGAUACGAGUACUUCCUCCGUGAGGACACCAUGAUCGGGACCAGUUUCUUGCGAGUGGCGGCUCACGACGAUGACUUUGGCACCAACGCGGCCGUCACGUACUCCAUGUCCAACGAGGAGCCAGAAUAUCUGCGCGUGAACCCUCUGACCGGCUGGGUUUAUGUCAACCAGCCCAUCUCUCAGAGAACCUACAUCACCCGCGACAUCGUGGCCACAGACGGCGGGAACAGGAGCAGCUCGGUGGAACUGGCCGUCACCAUCACCAACGUGAAGAACCAGCCUCCACACUGGGAGAAGAACAGCUACAGCGUGGUCAUCCCGGAGAACACUGUCCGAGACACGGCCAUCGUGACCAUCAAGGCCACGUCUCCUCUCGGGGAUCCCAGAGUGACGUAUAACCUGGAGGACGGGAUGGUGCCGGAGACCAACAUGCCCGUCCGCUUCUACCUGACCCCGAACCGCGAGGACGGCUCCGCCUCCAUCCUGGUGGCAGAGCCGCUGGACUACGAGACCACCAGGAACUUCAUGCUCAGAGUCCGAGCUCAGAACGUGGCCGCGGUUCCUCUGGCAGCGUUUACCACUGUCUACAUCAACGUCACAGACGUCAACGACAACGUCCCGUUCUUCACGUCGUCCAUCUACGAGGCGUCGGUGACUGAAGGAGCAGAAACGGGAACGUUGGUUUUCCAGGUUUCAGCCAAUGAUCUGGACCUGGGUCUGAAUGGAAAGAUCGUGUACUCCCUGCUCGAGGAUCGCAGCGGCGAUCACCAGUUUUUCCGCGUCGACCCGGAGCUGGGACUCAUCUACACCCAGGCUGUGUUUGACCGCGAGACCAAGAGCUCGUACCUGCUGGAGGUGAAGUCCGUGGACGGGUCAGAGUCGUCGCGGCCCGGCAAACACGGUCAACCCAACUCUGACACGGCGUACGUUCGCGUGUUCAUCAGCGACGUCAACGACAACAAGCCGGCGUUCUUGCAAACGUCGUACGAGGUGGACGCGGACGAAGACGCCGACGUGGGCUUCGCCGUCCUCACCGUCAGCGCCAACGACGGAGACGAAGGUGGAAAUGCUAAACUGAGAUAUCAGAUCACUUCAGGAAACACAGGCGGAGUGUUUGACGUGGAGCCUGAAGUGGGCACGAUCUUCAUCGCUCAGACUCUGGACUACGAGCAGAACAAACGCUACAAACUUCACGUCCUGGCUUCAGACGGGAAGUGGGAAGAUUACACGACUGUGACGGUGAACGUGGUGAACAAGAACGACGAGGCCCCGGUGUUCACCGUCAACGAGUACUACGGCAGCGUGACGGAGGAGCUGGACGGCUCGCCCGUCUUUGUCUUACAGGUCACGGCGUCUGACCCCGACAAAGACGCCGACCCUGAGGCCCUGCGUUACUCUCUCCACGGUCAGGGAGCAGAGAGCGAGUUCAUCAUCGACGAGGUCACGGGGAAGAUCUACGCUCAGAGGACGCUGGACCGCGAGGAGCGCGCCGUCUGGCGCUUCGUGGUCCUGGCAACAGACGAAGGCGGUGAAGGUCUGACGGGCUUCACCGACGUCAUCAUCAACGUGUGGGACAUCAACGACAACGCUCCCGUCUUCACAUGCGCACCCAGCUGUCAGGGAGACGUGGCGGAGAACUCAGCGGCGGGGACGUCCGUGAUGGAGAUGACGGCCACCGACCUGGACGACUCCGCUGUGGGUCAGAACGCCGUGCUCUCCUACAGGAUUGUGGGUAGUUUAGACGCCACGGAGGCGGGAGGAGUCCCGGCGUUCUCCGAGAUUUUCACCAUCAACCCCACGACGGGAACCAUCACCGUGGCCAUGGCCGGUCUGGACCGAGAGCAGGCGGAGUCUUAUCUGCUGGUGGUGGAGGCCAGAGACGGAGGAGGGAUGACAGGAACUGGUACUGCAACCAUUCAGAUUAAGGACGUGAACGACCACGCUCCGUGGUUCACGGAUCACUCGUGUGUCGCCAAGAUCUCUGAGAACACGGAGCCGAACGCUGAGGUGCUGCAGCUCGCUGCAGAGGACAGAGACACCGGAGAAAAUGCCCAGCUGACCUUCAGCGUCGUGUCUGGAGACCAAGAGCAGAAGUUCUACAUGGUCAGUCAUAAGCAGGAGCAGCGCGGCACUCUGCGACUCAAGAAACGUCUGGACUACGAGCGUCACAGCGAGCAGCGCUUCAACCUCACGCUGAAGGUUGAAGACCUCGACUUUUCCAGCUUACUUCACUGUGUGGUGGAGGUGGAGGACUUCAAUGACCACGCCCCUGUCUUCAUCCCUCACUUCCUGUCUCUUGCCCCGCUCCCCGAGGACGUCGCCGUGGGAACCAGCGUGGCGCGUUUGGUGGCCAGCGACUCGGAUUCGGGCCAGAACUCUGAGUUCACGUACAGCCUGUUGGAGGAGUCGGACCCUGAGGGACUGUUCUCCAUCGACAAGUCCGGUGUUCUCUCUGUGACCCAGCCUCUGGACCGGGAGAGGACACCCCAGCAUCACCUGGUUGUCAUAGCAACAGAUCACGGAGUCCCACCUUUAACAGGCAGUGCCACGGUACAGCUGCCUUUGUUGGAUGUGAACGAUAACGGACCGGAGUUUGAGGCGGCGUAUUUGCCCGUAGUCUUUGAGAAUGUAGUCGGACCGCAGGUAGUGAGGCUGAACCAAACGUCGACCCUCCUUCACGCCGUGGACCACGACUCGCCUGAGAACGGCCCGCCCUUUCACUUCACCAUCUCCUCCGAGUAUCGCCACAUCAACGACUUCUACCUGCAGGACAACCUGAACGGCACCGCGUCGCUGACGGCGCUGCGCACGUUUGACCGCGAGCGGCAGAAGGAGUUCCUGAUCCCGAUAGUGAUGAGUGACAGCGGCCGUCCGAGCAGAACGGUCACCAACACCCUGACGGUGACCAUCGGCGACCAGAACGACCAUGCACACGCGGCGGGAGAGAAGAACAUCUUCAUCAACAGUCACCGAGGUCGUAUGCCGACCACUGUGCUGGGAAAGGUCUUCUCUCCUGACCCUGACGACUGGGACAACAAGACGUACGUCUUUGAAGGACACGUGCCGAGUUACUUCAUCCUGAACAAGCGGACAGGUUUCCUGAUCAUUAAAGAGAACGCGCCGCCCGGCACGUAUCACUUCCAGGUCCGUGUGUCUGAUGGAAUCUGGCCAGACGCCGUGUCCACUGUCGCCGUGCACGUGAGGGAGCUGAGAGACGAGGCCAUCUAUAACUCUGGGUCUCUACGACUGGCAGACAUCACAGCGAAGGAGUUCAUCGAGCUGAGAGGGAAACAUCGGAGCCGCUACGAUCUGCUGGUGGACUUCCUGUCUGAGAUGCUCUCUGUUCCGCCCGACGACAUCAACGUCUUCAGCCUGAUGGACGUCAGGGAGCGAAUGCUGGACGUCCGCUUCGCCGUUCACGCCGCCGCGUCGUUCCUGCGGGCUGAGAGGAUGCACGGUUAUCUGGCUGCACACAAACAGAAGCUGCAGUCCUUCCUGCAGGUCAGCGUGCUCCAGGUGCGAGUGGACGAGUGUCCCGGGUCGGAGUGCGCCGGCUCCAGCGGCUGCACCAGCGAGCUGAAGGUGCGGGACACGCCCACAGUGGUGGACUGUGGCACCAUGAGUCUGGUGUCCGUGACGGUGGAGUCCACGGCCGUGUGCUCCUGCACGGGGAGAGACCAGUCCCACCAGUCCUGCGCCGCGUAUCCCAGAAACCCCUGCUUCAACGGCGGCGUGUGCGUGGACACUCAACACGGAUACAGGUGUCAGUGCCCGCCUCAGCUCGAAGGCCCAGAGUGCCAGCAGAACAGGCGCAGUUUCCACGGCAACGGCUACGCCUGGUUCCCUCCCAUGACGCCGUGCUUCGAGAGUCACGUGUCGCUGGAGUUCAUCACGGACGUCGCUGACGGGCUGCUGCUCUACAGUGGACCUCUGGCUCAGCUGCAGGCCUGGGACCACGAGGACUUCAUGGCCUUAGAGCUCGUCGACGGGACCCCCACCUUGAAGAUCAACCACGGCUCGGGCACGGUGGUGCUACAGUUGCCAAGCAACGUGAACGUGGCAGACCGGCGCUGGCACCGUCUGGACGUCCGCAGCAACAGCAAGGAAGUGCGUUUCACUCUGGACCGCUGCUCUGGAGCAGCAGUGAUGGAGAUGGAGGGUCUGGGCACGUGGUUGACCACCGAGGAUCACUCCACCUGUGAGGUGACGGGCGUCACGCCCAACACCGACAGGCACCUGAACAUGAGCCAGGUUCUGCAGCUGGGCGGCGUCAACGAGGACAUUCCCUACAUCUACCCUCAGCUCCAGCACAAACACUUCACCGGCUGCAUCCGCAACCUGGUGGUGGACAGCAAGCUGUAUGACUUGGGUUCUCCGGCUGACUCUCAGUCCAGCUCCCCCGGCUGCCCGGCCACUGACAGCAGCUGUGUCAACAUGGGCUUCCCGUCCUGCGGCCGCCGCGGCCGCUGUCACGGCGAGUGGGGCGCGUUCAGCUGCCAGUGUGUGCCGGGAUACGCGGGACACCAGUGUGAGGAGGAGGUGCCAGAGUUCUCCUUGGAUGGACACAGUUACGUCCAGUACCAGCUGGCGUCACCGCUGCCGGCUCGCAGGACGUGGAUUCAAGUCCUGGUUCGAACCCGGAAACACAACAGUACGAUCAUCAGCGUGACGUCCAAGGAGCAGAGUGAAUACCUGAGACUCGAGAUUUUCCAGGGUCUCCUCUGUGUUUUCUUCAACCUCGGCGACGGAGACUACAACUUAACCCUGCCCACUUACCGCCUCGACAACGGGGAGUGGCACGAGGUCCACCUGGAUCGCCACGACAACGAGAUCACACUGCGGCUGGACGGCGGCGGGGGUCAGCGGGAGGUCAGCGGGUCGCGCGGGCGCAGCAGAGAAAUCGUAAUUGACCCCAGUGCCGUGAUUCUGGGAAACACUUUCCCGUCUGAGAUCAACAAAAGCUUCCAGGGUUGUGUGAGGGACGUUCGUCUCAAUGGACGCUACAUGCCACUGGACAGUCAGCCACGAGACGGGGUUUCCCAGGUCAGCAUGCAAGGGCUGUCCCCCGGCUGCUCGUCUGACUCCUGCAAGAAGAACCACUGCAGCUCCCCGUUCACCUGUGUGGACCUGUGGAGAGUGCACGAGUGCAGAUGUCCUCCCGGUCACAUGAUCCGCGUCAACGGCUCCAGGAAGUCGUGCGUGUACACGCUGUGUGCGACUCGUCCCUGUCACCGGGGAACCUGCGUGGCUCAGUCGCCCUCCAAAUUCACCUGCCACUGUCCGGAGGGCUACAGGGGGCGCCACUGCGAGACGCCACUGGCCAUUUACAGGGAAGACGUGGGCCUGAGCUUCAGCUCGCUGUUCGCGAUCUGUAUCUGCUUCAUGGCUUUAUUAGUGCUGCUGCUGGGCAUUUUCCUCUACACUCGCUGGAGGAGCUACAAAGGCCUGAAGGAGGGCGUUUAUCACGUGUCGGCUCAUCACGACGGCUGGGAGGACAUCAGGGAGAAUGUCCUGAACUACGACGAGGAGGGAGGAGGCGAGGAGGACCAGAACGCGUACGACAUGGCCGAGCUGCAGAAGUCGCUCCAGCCGAGCCCGGCUCAGUCGGUCCAGUACUGUCGCUCCAGAGCUCUGCACCACCCUCCUCCUCCGCCUCCUCCUCCGCCUCCUCACCACCACCACCAUCAUCAUCAUCAUCACCUGCUGCACCAGGCUCCUCCUCCUGCCGCCCCGCCCUCCACGCAGUCCCUGAGCCGCGCGGCCAGCUGCACCGCGCUGCCGCCGUCCGCGGCGUCCACCUGCUCCACCUCCGCCGGCGUCCGCAGGGACGUCCCGCCCACGCGGCUCCCGGCGCAGGGUCAGGCUCCGCCCUCACAGCUGCCGCGCCGCUCCCUGUCCUUCUCCAGCCAGGACCUGGCUCGCUACCUGUGCGAGAUCAUCCGCGACGCAGACCAGCACCCGGACACGGGGCCGUUCGACUCGCUGCAGGUCUUCUCCACGGAGGGCGGAGGUUCCCCCGCCGGCUCCCUCAGCUCCUUCAGCUCGGCGGGGCUGGACGGGGGGAGUGUCGGCGGCGACGGCGGCGGGGGAGGGGAGGGGCGGAGGGAGGAGACACUCGGGGAGUGGGGGCCUCGCUUUGAGAAGCUGCGAGCUCUGUACGAGCGAGCGGAGGCCAGCGACCUCUGAACUCUCACAACGAACAACAACUCAGUGUGACUGAGGCGGGAAAACAGACACACAACAGACACACAACAGACACACAACAGACACACAACAGACCGACGAGCUCCGGGGUUCACACUUUCAUCCGGAGCAGAGUCGGGUUUGAGCCGCGUCUGUGGAAACUCAACUGUGACGCUGUGAUCUGCUGCGGGACACACGCGGGACACACGCGGGACACAUGUGGGACACACGCGGGACACUUUUGUCACCGUUUUAACAUGAAACGUGUCAUUACACAAUCUUUGUACAUAAACAGAGGACGGAAUAUUUCACACAGUGGACAUCGUGAGGAGCUACGUCGUCCACACUUCUGUGUUUCUGUUUCACCUGCUGUCCACACUGUCCACACUGUCCACAAUGACUUUCAGUUUUACUUCAAUGUUCGUCUCACUGCAUAAAAUCCCUGCUUUUUUCUAUUUCCCAGCAGGAAAGUGAAGUUUGUAAAGCACUCACUCUCCCACACCAAAGCCCAGAGAGAAAACCAGUGAUUUUAACAUCACACACACACACACAGGAGUUGUUGAUCCACUGCUGCCUCCUGCUGUCCUUCAUUGACCUCAGUGACACAAAGUGACCACACGAGGCAGCAGAGGAGCAGCAGCUAAAAGCACUGAUUAAACUGUUUAUUUAAAUGUUGUGUCUCAGGCUGGUUCCCUGAAACUCACGACUGUUUUCCUGUUUCACACCGUGGACCUGUGAGGUCAUGUGACUUGGGAAGUUUUUUGAAUGAAAACACAGGAGUGUGGACGCAGCCGGUGUUGGGAUUUUUCACUUCUCGUUGCCUGAUUGUAAAACAGCUUCUGUCGAUGUUUGUACGAGUUUCAACAAUCAAGUUGUUUUUUUUCCAUAAUUUCUUUGGUCUUUUUUUUUUCUGCUCUUUUGUAAACGUGUGUUUCGCUGCUUUGUUGAAUUCUUCUGUAUCAGUUUUGUGUGUUUUACUCUUUCAAAGCUCCGCACUUUGUCACACUUUUGACUUCCUCUCGUUCUUUUGAUUUUCCUGUCGUUGUUCGCGCUCCUCCUCCUCCUCCUCCUCCUACGUUCAAACAGCCUGGGUUACAGAGCUGUGGGAGUGGACGUGUGGACGUGUGGACAGCAGGACGGAGGAAACGCUCGCUCGUUGAAUACAAACAGGAGUCAAACGACGUUGUCUAGGUGACGAGGAGAAACAAACACGAUGAAGGAGAUUUAAUGUGUGACGAUUAAACAGAAAAAAAUCUC